AUGGGCCAGAAGUCAGCCCCUUCUCCAAACACGUGGGGGCGCGGGAAGCAGGGCGGCAAGGCUCGCGCCAAGGCCAAGACGCGCUCGUCGCGGGCCGGGCUGCAGUUCCCGGUGGGCCGCGUGCACCGCCUGCUCCGCAAGGGCAACUACGCCGAGCGGGUGGGGGCCGGCGCGCCGGUGUACCUGACGGCCGAGAUCCUGGAGCUGGCGGGCAACGCGGCCCGCGACAACAAGAAGACGCGCAUCAUCCCGCGCCACCUGCAGCUGGCCAUCCGCAACGACGAGGAGCUCAACAAGCUGCUGGGCCGCGUGACCAUCGCGCAGGGCGGCGUCCUAAGACCGAGAACCACCACAAAGCUUAGGGCAAAUGAGGAGUUACCCACUCACGGUCCCUGCCCCAAACAGUCAAAGGUUCUUCCUUCUCAGAGCCACCAAACUUCUCGAGAACGGUAG